AGCGCGCUUGAAAGUAAAAGAAAAAUUUUAAUUUUUCGAGUCAUAGCCACACAUGUGCCAAUUCCGCAUCCAAUCCAUUUCGCUACGCACACGUAAGGUGGCGGCUACGUGAAAACAGCUGAUCGGUUCUGUGGGCCGCACUUGGUGUAUUUUUGCCCGUAACGCUGCCUGAUUAGAUGAAAUCUCGCCGUACGAAAUGUACUUUCGCCCGAGAAGAAUUUCGGAAGCUGUGAAUAUCAUAAAGACUGUGAUAGCGUAGUGCUCGGUAAGUAAACACAUCAUUCUUUCUUGUGCUUCAUGACUGAGCAGUAGCAUCUGAACAUCUGCGGUGAUCGCAUGGUGUUCACUUUUGCUUUUAUUCGCAUAGGAUACGGAAGAAUUGAUGAAGGUUGGAAGGUAUCUCAACAGAUAGCUGGAAAACGGGAGGCGGGAAGCUGGGCGGCCUGCAGGGUCGCGUGCUCGACGUACUUGUCCGCACCGGCCCAGCUUCCGCUCCUUUGGACUUCUUCGCCGACGACACCGAGCAGGGCACCUCCAGUGAGGAGGAGCCUGAUGUUCCAGUGCCCCCUGCCCCACCAGCAGCUGCCCACGUGUCCAUUGGAACCGAGCCGGGCACAAGUGGCACUGCACGACCAUCAGCUCGGCAGCAGCCCCGCAGGCCACCCCGCCAACAGCCGCUGGAGGAUGCGACCUGCAAGGCAGCCGCCGAGUAUGCGCAGCAGGGGCAGCUAGCUGAGGCAGCGAACGCGGAGGCCGCCAGUUUCCCCCAGCUGCUGCUGCAGCAAAUUAGGCAGCAUCAUCAGCAGCUGGUGGAGGAGCUGAGGGCGACCCGGGUGGUCCAGCAGCAGCUGGUAGCAGAGAUGCGUGGUUUGAGAGAGGCCACUGGCCUCAUCGCGACCACGCUGCGCCAGCUCCUGGCUGCCCUGGCUCGCCUCCGCGAGCCGCCUCAGCCAUGAGGGACAGUCACCCUCCCCCCCCCCCCCCCCCCCGAUAUCAUCCUUUACUGCUAGCAGGUACAAGUGUUGCCUAUUUUCCGUUCAAAUCACCGCUGCAGCAUUUGGUGGUGGGGCCCAUACGUCCUCGCAAGCUGUUGUGCCGAGUGGUAGCCAGCCUUGUGAAAUGAUGUGCAAGUCAUGCGCGACCAUGGCAGCGAAAACUGAUAGUGCUGUGGUGUCACUUGAAACACGAAUGCAUGUUUUUUUUUUUUUGUAUGUAGCACUAAAGGAUGAUAUGACUGUUUUCCGUACAUUUCUGUCCCUAAUCAUAUUUUUUGCAAGGUAAUUUCUUUUAUGUGUAUUUUCACUUGCAGUGCAGUUUGCCCAAGUGAGGCGUUAUAAAUUCUUGCAAUAUUUUCGCAUUUCUGUCCCUAAUCAUAUUUUUUUCGCAAGUUCAUUUCCUUUCGUGUGUAUUUUUAUUUGUCCAAGUGAGACGUUAUAAAUUAUAUGUAGAAUUUUUGCCAUAUUUUCGUUAGGUGUUCACUUUUGUUUUGCUGUUACUGAUAUGUUUCAAUACGCACCGUUUUUCCAAGGAAGAUACACUAUGCAAUCACUUUUACGGCAACUUCGACAUUGUCUCGCACACAUACAGGUGCACUUAACUACAAUGCUGCGAUGACUGGAAAUGAAUUUUCAUGCCAUAUGUAUGUCAUGUUUGCAAUGUCAAACCUUUCGUGCCUACGGAAGGUAAAGUGGCAGAAUUGGAAUUUUUUUUAACACCAAGCGCCUGUUAGUAGUGAUAGUUAUUGUGAUAUUUCAGGUGUCCUUACCUAUGAUAGCAAUACAAUCUAGUCCCCAUUGUAGUUGAGCACAGUUUGUGACAUACGUAGCGGAGCCAUCGAUGUGGCCACUAUUUUGACAUUCGCUUCCAGGCUGCUCUUGCAGCCGUUAUAUGAAAUACCGUUGAAGUGCCAAGCAUUUUCUCACUUGUCGUUCCUUAAAAGCAUGUGAUGGCUGUUUUAUAUUGUGAUCUUAUUACAGCACUAGUGAUUGAAAAGAAGCUAUUUCGUGCUACAAACGUACUGACUACAUAAUAGACAACACAUCUUUCUUGCUGUUAAGUUGCUGGAUGAAUAUAAAUGGUUGUGCGCGAGUUCAAAAAAACAUCAUUAUGCUCGUGUCAUAUUUAUGCGAUUUAACAUCUGCCAACGGCCCAUUGGUAGUGUACUGGGUCCCAUGUAGUGAACAUCACACGGCUAUUUUGUCGCCAUGAAGUCAUGCUCUGCGUACUUGUCUGUCACUUGCUUUGAUGAAAGAUGGCAUUGAAGAUGGAUGACAUGGUUUUAUUUAGAAUGCAGAUAUAAAUAAAUGAUUUUAAACAAUGCAA